AUGGAGGGUUUCGAUACCAUGGCCAUGCCAUAUCUGGCCAGUCCGUUGUCACUGGGCAAUAUCCAGGGCGCUGACUACCUUAAUGCCAUGCCUGGUAUUGAUAUACCCGAUCAACGCUCGAAUUUCGACUCGGACACAUUCGUUAGCGGCGAGGAUAUUCCCUUCACCCAGCACAGCUUGCCGAAUACAUUGAAACGCUUCUCUUCGGGGUACGACGAUCCCUUCACGGAAAUGGUGACCCCGUUCGACCCCGCACCCUCCGAACAACCCCCGGACUCGUCUAUUGACCACAAUAACAAGUUGCUGAGUUUCUCAAUGCCCGCGUAUAAUUUUACUCUGCUUGAUUAUUCGUUGCGGAGGACAUCUUUAUCGUUGUCGGCUCAGUUACAUGGCAUGUUCUUCCUCGCAGAAUCACCUUGGACCACAUCCCCGACUGAAAACGUACCGCCUCAACAAGGGGCGGAGUUGACCUGCUACCGGCGCAACUUGUUCCAGAUUACAGGCUCCGUGACCCUGCCACGCAGUCUACGGUACAUCAUGACCGAGCAGGGUGAUCGUAUACCUAUUCUCGCGCAAGAACUCUGCGUUUCCGCCACCGAGUCGGUGGAGGGUAAUUCGGUCAAAAUCAUCUCAGUGCCCUGGAAAACGCCCGCUGCCAAUGGCAAUCAACCGACUGAUGACAAUGGCGCUAGUAACAACAAUACCAAAGUGGAAAAAGAACCACCGCCAGUUCCAUUGGACAUCAUGGCGGGCCAAGACCUGGACACCGACUACGCGACCUUCCCAAUUGCUUGGAAGCGGCUACAAUUCCGUGUUGCGACGGCCAACAACGGGCGGAGGAAAGAGCUGCAACAGCAUUUCGUUGUCCGACUGAAGGUUGUUGCGACUUUGUCCACUGGCGCCAAAAUCCCGAUCUGCGAGGUACAUUCGGGACCUGUGAUUGUGCGAGGCCGUAGUCCGCGCAAUUUCCAAUCUCGUAAGGACUUACCUCUAAGCAACAGCGCUGCCGCAUCCAGAAAGAGCGCCCACGCUGCUGCUCUCAACCGCACCCCUACCAGUGAUACCGAAGCCCGGCCCAGUUUGACCCCAGGCAAGGCGAAGUCCACGGCUAAAAGCACCUCGCCGGACACUUCGCUUCCUCAGCCUGCCAUUGCAGCGCAGCGACAGUCGUCCCCUGACUGGACUCAGAUACCUCACUCAUCGGGAGGCGCGCUUUCUUCUACACCCCUACCUCAACCGUCAAUUUAUCCUCAGUCUAGUCCGGAAUUUUCUCGCAUGACGGACAGCCAAAGACGGUCCAGUGCUAUGGCAGCACCCAUCAACCUUUCCCUACUAGAUGACGAUACGGGUGGCGAUGGUGUCAACUUGGUCGAUUCAGCCAGGCCGGCCUCGUACACUAACGACGUCUCGCACAAGAGUCGCGAGAUGGGCAGUUCUGCGCCGCCUACCAAAAUGCGCAAACUCUCCCACGGAGUGUCCCAGGCGCAGUCACGAAGCACAUCAACGUCGCUACCCCUGCUAAACACCGCGAGCCUGCAGCAACCCUUUGCAUCGUCUCUUCCGUUUCCGAACGAGAGUGCUGAUCUAUUGUAUGAGUAUUUUCCUCUGGGCUUGGACGAUUGGCAAGCACCGGUGGAUGCAGUCUAUCGUCCACAUGUGGUGCAUCACACCAAUAUGCCAGAAAUGAAAUUUGUCGCUGCGAGAGGGAGAAGCAAGCGGUAUUUUGCUGCGGAAGAUGUCUUUUAA